AUGAUUGGAUGGAGGGGAUUGGAGCACCCGAAUCACAUGAUAUGGAGGGGAUUGGAACACCUGAAUCACAUGAUAGGAGGGGAUUGGAACACUGAAUCACAUGAUAUGAAGGGGAUUGGAACACCUGAAUCACAUGAUAUGGAGGGGAUUGGAACAACUGAAUCACAUGAUUGGAGGGGAUUGGAACACCUGAAUCACAUGAUUGGGAGGGGAUUGGAACACCUGAAUCACGUGAUUGGGAGGGGAUUGGAACACCUGAAUCACAUGAUUGGAGGGGAUUGGAACACUUGAAUCACAUGAUAUGGAGGGGAUUGGAACACCUGAAUCACAUGAUUGGAGGGGAUUGGAACAACACUUGAAUCACAUGAUAUGGAGGGGAUUGGAACACCGGAAUCACAUGAUAUCGAGGGGAUUGGAACACCUGAAUCACAUGAUUGGGAGGGCUGGCUCAAUAUA